AUGCUGCAGCUAAGAAGUUCAAUAUCAGCGAUCCGUCCAUUCAAAAACCAUUCAAACUUUGAGUUACUCAAUACCCUCAUAAGUUCUCAAUUCUGUGCCCAGCCUUAUCUUGUGAAUAACAUAAAUAAGUUUCUUUCUAUAUCAAACCUUUUGAUUGGCAAGCACGCAACAUGCUACUAUAUUUCAAAAACUGCAGGAAAAGUUUUCAGUGCAGGAGAGACUUAUGAAGAAUUAAGAGAAACUCUGCAAAGACUUUCUGUUCAAAACAUGGGUGGGAUCAUUGAUUAUUGCGCAGAAGGGGAAACUUCUACUGAAGGGUUGGAUAAUAACGAAAAAGCAAUAAUUCAGUCUGCGUUGUGUGCCACGGAAUUUCCUUAUCCUUCUGUAGCAGUCAAAGUUACUGCAUUAAUUGACACAGCACUUUUGGAAAAGCUCAAUAUUUUCAUAGAAAAAAAACUUCAAAAAGGAAAUGAAAAAUAUAUAAGGAUUUUUAAUGAAAGUAUAUUUGAUGGACUUAGUAAAGAAUUUGAGGAAAAAGAAAUUGAAAGGAUUGAAGAUUGCAUGUUUAGAUUGAGAAGAAUUGCUAUACUGUUUUUGGUUAAGUUUGAUAGAAAAUAUGAAGAAAACUGCUAGAAUAAUUCUAUUGAGUUUUUUUUUAAAUUUAUAAUUUCUUUAAACUUAAUCUUUUAUAGUAUAACAUCUGUAAAGACAAAAAUGUGUCAAUGAUGAUUGAUGCUGAGCAAACAUUUUUCCAAGCUGCAAUUGAUAGCUUUACCUGGACAUUACAAAAUGAGUACAAUAAAAAUUCUGCAAUUGUCUUAAACACUAUUCAAAGCUAUUUGAAAGACUCAGAAAAUAAAUUAGCUUCAUAUUUGCAAGCAUCAAAAGAAAAAUCUCUAUCAUUAGGAAUAAAGCUUGUUAGAGGAGCUUAUAUGAGAGAAGAAAAUGAUAUUGCUUUGGCAAAAGGAAUUGCUUCUCCAAUUCAUGACUCAAAAGAAGCAACAAAUUAUGCAUAUCAUGCAAAUACUGAAGCAAUUUUUCAGUAUUAUAAGCAAGGUGAUCGGCUAUGUAUUGCAAGCCAUAAUUGGUUAAGUGCGGAAUUUGCUAAUUCUACUUUUUAUUUUAAUGUGAAAAAUAUUCAAAAUAAUAUUAUUAAAUAAUUAAAAUAAAUUAUUUCAAAUUAUAUUAUAUAAAUGAGUAAGGAAAAAUUAUAUGAGAAAAAAAUAGGUAGACUAAGAGGAGGGGUGACGUUUGGCCAGCUCCUUGGGAUGAAAUCUAUGAUGAGCGCAUCUUUAGCUUCAGAAAAUUAUGCUGUUCAAAGAUAUGUACCUUUUGGCCCUUCAGACAAGUUAAUUCCGUAUUUAGCAAGAAGGGCUAUAGAGCAAAGUCAAGUAGUUGGGGAAUUAUAUGAGCAAGUAAAAAUGAUUCGUGAAGAACUUAAGAUAAGGUCUAAUUCAAAGUAUUAG